GGCAGGGUCUCCUGCCCAUGAUUCUUCUCUUAGCUCCCCAGCCAACACAUUCAGACUCACACACACACACAGACACACACACAACUUUACAGGUACAUUUAACUUCAGUGAAUCCUCCUGUUUGAGCACCACUGAGCUCACCUGUCCUCAGGGUCUUCAGGUGACAAGGAUGAUGAUGAUGAUGAUGAUGAUGAUGAAGAUCUGGUCCAGCUGGGUUCCUCCACAGCAUUUGGCGGCGAUGGCGUUGUCAUGCGGAUCUGUGAUCAUCUUGCUCUGCGUGCGCGAUGUUUGUUGCAGUGACUGGUCGGCUAACGUUCCCUCCUCUGUCAGUGGCGUGUCUGGGCUCUGUGUCCACAUUCCCUGCAGCUUCACCUACCCUGGAGCGAAAGCACCGGCUGAUAAGUUGACAGGGAUUUGGUUCCAGGGCAACAUGGAGCUUCAGGUUUAUAACAGCAAGCACUGGGAGCUGGUGGACGUCCUGUUUCUGAAUAGAACCAGACUGCUGGGUUCUCUGGACAGGAAUGACUGCUCCCUGAAGAUCGGCCUGCUGGGGUCCAGGGACGCCCACAAGUACACAUUCCGAAUUGAGAUAGAAGGCCGAGACCAAUACACAUACAAGGACCAGCCUGUCACCCUCAGUGUUAGCGACAGUCCCCAGGCUCCCUCCAUGCACUGUCCCGGGGUCCUGGCCGAGGGAGUUGCCGUCUCUCUGGUGUGUGCUGUGGUACACAACUGCCCCGACACGGCUCCUGUGCUCCGAUGGAACCCCGUUAAGGCCGAGGAGGCAGUAACUCAGUCGCAGGGCUGGCGACGGGUUGAGCAGGGCUGGCAGGAGAGAGCGGUGCUGAAUCUGCUACCCUCUGCUGGAACUCAUGGAGAACUGCUGCGCUGCUCCGCGGUGUUCCCAAAUGGGCUGAUUCAGCACGGGCCCGAGUGCAGGCUGGUGGUCAACUAUGCUCCCAAAAACGUGGUGUUGAACAUCCUGUCACCACUGGGCUCGGUUUCAGAAGGUGGCACUGUGAAUCUGUCCUGCCAGGCAGACAGUCAUCCAGUGCCACACCUGUUCUCCUGGUUCCAGGGUCCGGAGGGCAGGGAGCAGCUGGUGAAGGAUCAGAGAGGGCAGGAACUCUCAGUGGAGAAGAUAGCAAGGGAUGCUGGCCCUUUCUGGUGUGAAGUGGAGAACUCUAUGGGUUCUACUCGCUCUCAGAUGCUCACACUGAAUGUUCUAUAUGAGCCAAAGAUCAUGAAGGAAAGCUGGUGCUCAGUGACCUCUGAUCAGGAGGCGAAGCUAAACUGUGAAUGUGUCGCUUAUGGCAACCCACUGCCCUCCAUAUACUGGACUGUCUUACAUUCAGAUGGGUCGAUAAUUGGUCACAUAAACGUAUCUCAGUCAGGAGGACAUAAAUCUGUGGUGAACCUCAGCGCUUCACCAUCGUGGAACCACACAACCACAGAGCUGGUCAUACUGUGCGUGGCUGAAAACAGCUUGGCGUCUACCUCCAGGGCUUUCACACUGACCCGCAACACCACAUCAGAAGCUUCACCUGUGUCCAGUCACAGAAGCUUGUGGUCAGUGUGGGGUCCUCUGAUGUGUUUGGGUUUGACCGUCAUGGUCGUAUUCAUCGGCUUUUGGGUGCGCUCCCGCAGAGCUGCGUGUCUGAUGAAAAUGGAGCCAAUUCAGCCUGAGAUGCUCUAAACUUCACUGUUGUGACCUGUUUGCACUGAAACUCAUCAUAAGUUGCAACAUAAUGCCGACUGCUGCAGACAGAAGAAUGUAAUUAUAAAAGAAUUCUUUUAUGCAAAUUACACAAACAAAAUGUAAUUGAGCAAUUUGAACUAACUGUUUCUACCUUUUCUCUCUU